AUGGAGAAAAGAAAUUAUUCACUAGUGACUGAGUUCAUCCUCAUAGGAUUGACAGACCAGCCUGAGCUCCAGCUACCAUUCGUCUUAUUCUUCCUAGGCAUGUAUAUAGUCACUGUGAUGGGGAACCUUGGCAUGAUUAUACUUAUUGGGCUGAGUUCUCACCUCCACAAUCCAAUGUAUUAUUUCCUCUUCAAUUUGUCCCUCAUUGAUCUCUGUCAAUCAACUGUCAUAACACCCAAAAUGCUAGUGAAUUUUGUGUCAGAGACGAACACCAUCUCUUAUUCUGACUGCAUGACUCAGUUCUAUUUUUUUGGUCUUUUUGCCAUUUCUGAAUGUCAAAUGUUGGCUGUGAUGGCAUAUGACCGCUAUGUUGCUAUAUGCUAUCCCCUUCGUUAUAGUCUUAUUAUGUCCUAUCAGGUAUGCUCAUGGCUGGUGGGUUGGGUAUAUGCAUUGGGCCUCAUUGGGGCCACAGCUCACACAGGCUGCAUGCUUAGAGUAGUUUUCUGUAAGGAAAAUGCCAUUAAUCAUUACUUCUGUGAUCUCCUUCCACUCUUGAAGCUCUCUUGUUCUAGCACCUAUGUAAAUGAAGUGGUGACUCUGGCCUCCAGUAUAUUUAAUAUCUUCUUCCCAACACUGACCAUUAUUUGUUCUUAUGUUUUGAUCAUUACUAGCAUUUUAAAAAUUCAAUCCACUGAAGGCAGAUCAAAAGCCUUCAGCACCUGCAGCUCCCACAUUGUAGCAGUUGGUGUCUUCUUUGGCUCCCUUGCAUUCAUGUACCUGCAGCCAUCUUCAGUCAGCUCCAUGGGGAAAGUGUCCUCUGUCUUUUACACUAUCAUUGUGCCCAUGAUAAACCCCCUUAUCUACAGUCUGAGAAAUAAAGAUGUCAAAAUUGCACUGAAGAAAGUGACAGAAAGAAGAAUAUUCUAG